AGCUGGGGCGUUAGCUGCGUCCCGGCUCAGAGCCCGCGAAGAGGACGAGGAUCGAGGCGCCACCGCGGCCGUGGCCGCAGCACUCUGGGCGCGACAAGCCAUGAGCAGCGACGCUGCGGUCGCUGGCCGCCGCUGAGCCCAACCAGGACACAGCUCGCCGCGCCCUGGCACCCUCUUCUGCGGAUACCCUCGCCCCCAUAGAUUAAUGUGGCUGCUUAUGACUAAGAAUUCUGGGACCACAGAUGUUCAGAGAAAUAACAUAUACAUAUAAGAAACAUGAUUCCAGUGACCGAGUUCCGACAGUUCUCCGAGCAGCAGCCUGCCUUCCGGGUGCUGAAGCCGUGGUGGGAUGUGUUCACGGAUUACCUCUCGGUGGCCAUGCUGAUGAUCGGAGUGUUUGGCUGUACCUUACAGGUCAUGCAAGACAAGAUCAUCUGCCUUCCAAAAAGAGUGCAGCCUGCUCAGAACCACUCUUCCCUUUCCAAUGUCUCCCAGGCGGUUAUCAGUACCACCCCACUGCCCCCACCUAAACCCUCUCCGACCAACCCCACGACUGUGGAGAUGAAGGGACUGAAGACAGACCUGGACCUUCAGCAGUACAGUUUCAUCAACCAGAUGUGCUAUGAGCGAGCCCUCCACUGGUAUGCCAAGUACUUCCCGUACCUCGUUCUCAUCCACACCCUGGUCUUCAUGCUCUGUAGCAACUUCUGGUUCAAAUUCCCUGGAUCCAGUUCCAAAAUAGAACAUUUCAUCUCCAUCCUGGGGAAGUGCUUUGACUCCCCGUGGACCACACGAGCUCUCUCCGAAGUGUCUGGCGAGGACUCCGAAGAGAAGGACAAUAGAAAGAACAACAUGAACAGGUCCAACACCAUCCAGUCUGGUCCCGAAGGCAGCCUGGUCAAGUCCCAGUCUCUCAAGUCAAUUCCUGAGAAGUUCGUGGUUGACAAAUCUACUGCGGGGGCUCUGGACAAGAAGGAAGGCGAGCAGGCCAAGGCCUUGUUUGAGAAGGUGAAGAAGUUCAGACUGCAUGUGGAAGAAGGUGAUAUCCUGUAUGCCAUGUAUGUUCGACAGACUGUGCUUAAGGUUAUCAAAUUCCUUAUCAUCAUUGCCUACAACAGCGCUCUGGUUUCCAAGGUCCAGUUCACAGUGGACUGUAACGUGGACAUCCAGGACAUGACAGGCUAUAAGAACUUUUCUUGCAAUCACACCAUGGCUCAUCUGUUCUCCAAGCUCUCCUUCUGCUACCUGUGCUUCGUGAGCAUCUACGGCCUGACAUGCCUUUAUACCUUAUAUUGGCUGUUCUACCGUUCUCUGAGGGAAUAUUCGUUUGAGUAUGUCCGGCAGGAGACUGGAAUCGACGACAUUCCAGACGUGAAGAAUGACUUUGCUUUUAUGCUCCAUAUGAUAGACCAGUAUGACCCUCUCUAUUCCAAGCGGUUUGCAGUGUUCCUGUCUGAAGUCAGCGAGAACAAGUUAAAACAGCUCAAUUUAAAUAAUGAGUGGACCCCUGACAAACUGCGGCAGAAGCUGCAGACGAAUGCCCACAACCGCCUGGAGCUGCCUCUGAUCAUGCUGUCUGGCCUCCCAGACACCGUGUUUGAAAUCACAGAGUUACAGUCUCUGAAGCUGGAGAUCAUUAAGAAUGUCAUGAUCCCCGCCACCAUCGCCCAGCUAGACAACCUUCAGGAGCUCUGUCUGCACCAGUGUUCCGUCAAGAUCCACAGUGCCGCUCUCUCCUUCCUGAAGGAGAACCUCAAGGUCCUGAGCGUCAAGUUUGAUGACAUGAGGGAGCUGCCCCCCUGGAUGUAUGGCCUCCGGAACCUGGAAGAGCUCUAUCUGGUUGGCUCUCUGAGUCACGACAUCUCCAAAAAUGUCACCUUGGAGUCUCUGCGGGACCUCAAAAGCCUUAAAAUCCUUUCCAUCAAGAGCAACGUCUCCAAGAUCCCUCAGGCUGUGGUAGAUGUGUCCAGCCACCUCCAGAAGAUGUGUGUCCACAAUGACGGCACCAAGCUGGUGAUGCUCAAUAACCUGAAGAAAAUGACCAACCUGACGGAGCUGGAACUGGUCCACUGUGACCUGGAGCGAAUUCCCCACGCCGUGUUCAGCCUGCUCAGUCUCCAGGAGCUGGACCUGAAGGAGAACAACCUGAAGUCAAUAGAGGAGAUCGUGAGCUUCCAGCACUUGAGAAAGCUGACUGUGCUCAAACUGUGGUAUAACAGCAUCGCUUACAUCCCGGAGCACAUCAAGAAACUGACCGGCCUGGAGCGGCUGUUUUUCAGCCACAAUAAGGUAGAGGUGCUUCCCUCCCACCUCUUCCUGUGCAACAAAAUCAGAUACCUGGACUUGUCCUAUAAUGACAUUCGCUUCAUCCCUCCUGAAAUCGGAGUUCUGCAAAGUUUACAGUAUUUUUCCAUCACUUGUAACAAAGUAGAGAGCCUCCCAGAUGAACUCUACUUCUGCAAGAAACUUAAAACAUUGAAGAUUGGGAAAAACAGCCUCUCCGUACUUUCACCAAAAAUUGGAAAUUUACUAUUUCUUUCCUACUUAGACAUCAAAGGCAAUCACUUUGAAGUCCUCCCUCCUGAGCUGGGAGACUGCCGGGCUCUGAAGCGAGCCGGGCUAGUUGUGGAAGAUGCUCUGUUUGAGACCCUGCCCUCAGAUGUCCGGGAGCAAAUGAAAGCAGACUAAGUUAUUUUUCAUCACAAUAUGACUGAAACAUGCUUCUACCAAAUACAAUAUAAAGAAUUAGGUAGUCCUAAUGCCUUUCCUAUAUUAUUUUUUUUUCUUUUCCACACAAGACAAAAUGUACACAAAGAUUGAGUAAGGAGUAUGUAUUUUUUAAUAAAAAUGUAAUUGUAUUUUUUCAAUAUUAAUAUUUUAAAGUUUUAUUUGUCCUGGAAGCUGGUAUAUUAGUUGUUACUGCUUUCUGACAGCGGGAAUGGGUAGUUCCAUCUGGCUUUUUGGGUUUUGUUUUCUCACUUGAGUUCAUUCUUGUAAAAGGAAAGGAAUCGUAGGUUGUGUGCGUUUUGGCAUAUUCUAAAUGGGUGAAGAUACUUUGCCAAUGCCAUCUUUACUUUCUUUCUACCCAUCUGAGCCCUUGCUGUGUUUCAUCAUGUGUGCUGAGGGGAGGAGUCUGUGCCAGCUGUCUUACUGUCAGCUGCCGCCUUCACUGGUCAGGUCAUGCCACUAUAGGAAACUCUAGACUGUGAGCUCACACAAGUGCACUGUCACAAGAGUAUUACCCUGAGAACCCCCAGCUGCAGACACUGUUAACUGUGUUAUUUCCUAACCAACAGUUUCAUUUAGCCUCAGAUAGGCUUUUUAAGUGGAUGAAGAAAGCAGCCCCCUGCGGUUGCCAUCCUUGUAGGCAUGCAUCAUUUGCUGUCUAACUGAUCUGUAUUUUUUUUUUACCAACAUCCUAAAAUAUGUCAUCAAAAAUUAAAUACAACCCCUCCCCAUCCACCUCAGUAUUGCCAUGUGUUACUGUUGAACAACCUUAGGAAAAUUAGAUUUAUUACAAUAUUCUAGCAGAUAAUUAAAUUUUAAAUCAUAGAAUUAGAAGCCUGUUUUGAGUAAUUUAAUCACUUUUGAUGCCUUGACAUGUGGAUGCAUCCAACGGAAAACAGUCUUGCUACUAAGGCACUCGGUCAGAAAGCUGUGAUCCACGCAGGCCCCGCCCCUGCCUCGCCCCUGCCCCGCCCCUUCCUCAGACCAUGUGCAGAGAGAUCAAGUCACUCUCUGCCUGCUGAACAAAACAGCCCACUGUAGAUGUAAGCAUAGUCAUCGGCUUCCCGCAAGCGUGCCCUCAGUGCGGAUGCUGGUGCGGCAAGCAUGGGAACUCUUGGCUCUUUGCUUAGGAUUGCAUCUCACUUCGGAAGUGUUCUUUUACUAAGUUCCCCCCUGGGGGCUGGCAAAGCUUUUAUUGACCUUUCUCUUCCUAAAAUCCAGCCUAGUGUGGAGACUUGAGUUACAUAGUCCAUAGACUGGCCUAAAGAAAAAUUUAACGGUGAAGCUAGGAAGAUGAUCUGACUUCUGAAACCCUGUUUUGAAGGACGUUUCCUUGGGCCCCAUGACCUUACCCAGACCUGUUUUUUGUGACAUGUAGACAGGACAAGGCACAUGGCCCUCGUCUGAGUUAAGCUGUGAUGGGUGUGUGUAGCUUAGUGACAAAGUGCUUGCCCAGCGCAGUGCCGGGAGCCUGAGUUUAGUGACCUGAUACCACAAGACAGAUGAGGGGACAGGACUCAUCACCUCUGGGUGGGUGAAGCACAGAGAAACAUCCGUGUGAAAGGCCAACCAUGUGAAAGUGCUGCUGUUUCAGUCAUGAUUUCUUUAAACUCGGAAUUAAAAUAACAUUUUGAAGUACUAUUAUGGCUAUACUUGUUAUAUGAAGAAAUAUUCAAUUUUAGAGCAUUGAAUGAUAUGAAUCAUGUGUCAUGUUCAGAAAAGCUCUGUCUUAAAGAACUACAGCCAGAUUGUUACUGUGCAUGAGUAACCUGUUGUUGGAAUGUAAAUUGAACCAAUGAAUGUACUGUUUUGAGUGUUAAAACUUAUGGCUAUUUCUAACAUCACCCUUCAAAAGGGAUCUAUUCAAGUUAAACACCAUCGUUAUACUGAAGCCUUUCUCUGGUAUUAACUGAACCAUAUGGGUUCAUAACUGAAGCAAAUCGCCAAUAAUUCAAUUUUAUCAAGCUUCCAAAUAAUUUGAUUUACUUUCAUAGUGAUUUUUGCAGGCUGACUCCCAACCUAAGUUGUAAAUAACAGUCAAUAAAUCAGUAUAAUUCCAAGACUUUCUUUUAACUAAGAGUGAAAUGUUCAUAGACCUAUUAGAUUUUAUAAAACUUCCAAAGCCUCAAAUUCUGAAGAGUUUGAAUUUUCUGAUUCUCGUCCUUUUUAAUACAGUAAGCUUUUGUUCACAUUCUUGAGUAAAAUGCUUUUGGUUACUGUCCAGUCUUCCAACGGGAAACUCAGGUGCCUGAACUGCUGGCUAUACUUGUUAUAUGAAGUAUAACAAGUUCUCUGAUCUAACUCAGUGCAGAGAGGCUGUCUGCCUCCUUUCUCUGUUUUCCAAGUGCUCUUGCUGAGAAGGAUCAGCUCUCUGCCCAACCUCCAACUCACAACAAACUGCUGUAUAAAUCACAAAUGUGCCAUCUGUACUCUCUUAACUCCAGGGGUGGCUUCAAGCUCAAGGUGGCCACACUAUACAGUGAGGUUUACUAACAGAGUACAGAACAGCUGUCUUGUGGUGCUGUGGUUAGAAGGUCCUAAUAGAAUCCCACCUAAGGGACCAGCAAGGUGGCUCUGAGGGUAAACGGCACUUGCCAUCCACCUGAGGUCCUGAGCCUCAGGAUCCAUGCAGUGGAAGGAGAGAACCAACUCUCAUAAGAUGUCCUCUAAUAGGUGCCAUAGCCUGAGCACCUACGCAAAAUGCGCACAAACUAAUCAAUGUAAAUUUUAAAUCAUAGAAAAAAAAACACACCCAAGAAUGUAACGCCUCAGAACAGAAUUGUGUUUUCUUAUUAUACAAUUUGAUCUGGUUUGAAUAUCAGAAUUCUCGAUGAGAUAAACUCUGCAGUGUACAUGAGGUCCCUCGCAUUGCUCACCCAGCUCUUCCUGCUGUUCCAAUGAGCUCCAACAAUCCCCAUGAUGUCCUAAGCAGCAAGCAGGCCUGCUUUUUCAGGCUUUUUUGGAAAUGUCCCCGCCCCAAGGAUGUUGUUCAUUUUGAUCAUAGGCCCUGCUCUUAGGAGUCUGAAACAUGAACUCUUCCUUGGGUUUCUUCAACAAAAGAAGUCCAGUUGUUUUUUUUCCAGUAUGAAGCUUUAUGGCUUUAAUUUAUCUCACUCUCUAAUCCAAUUUUCAUACCAAAUACCUGAUCAACAGUAUUGGCAUUCCAACAGUAACAUUUAUGGCUCGUCAAUACAAAAAUCCGUUAGCACUUCUCUGCAAACCUUGUUGAUGUCAUUUCAGUUUUUCACAGAGUAAAUUAAGACUACAUUAAAGAGUUUACACUGGGGCAGGAUCUCAAGAACAGGGUUUCAUACGCAAGUGAACAAAAUGGCUACCACUGAGGAGACUUCUAGAAGAGUCUAUAGGGUUGUUCGUACCUUUUCUGUUUAGAGACAAUAAGAAAUCCCAGUCUUACCUAGAACUGCCAUGAGUUUUCAGAUUUAGCUCUCAGUCUUCAAUCUUCUGAUAAUUUGAUAUCAGCCUCCCAAACAAGUAUCUGCUCCCAUUCCCCUUCCCAAGGUCACCCACUAAUAAAGAUGGCAUUCUUAGGAUUAUCUGAAGGAGAGAGAAGAGAGUCUCCCUCUGCCCCCAAGCAAUUAUCCUUUAAUCAGAGGGGUAUAUAAUAUUGGACAGCUAGACUUACUGACCAGAUUGCAGCCACUAUGUGUUUAGGCUUUGGUUUGGUUUUUGCGCCAGGGUCUUGCUUUUUAACCCAGGCUGACCUUACACUUGAGAGCCUCUUGCCUCAGUUUCCUAGACACUGGAUUACAAGUGUUUACUGCACACCUGGCCUGCGUGGUUUCUAGUGGAUUCGUUUGUAUCUUCAUCCCCCGCCACAAAGCUCGUUGGGGCUAGCACCCCAUGCCUUAUGUGCUUGCUCGUGUCCGGUUUGCGUUUGUUUACUAUGGUCAUGGGCUUUCAGAUUGUCAAGUGCUGGCAAACGUCUUAGACUGCCAAGAAAGAGGACUGAUCACUGAUUUGUCAGAAUACAUGUUCAUGAAAGGAGAUGUCUUAAUGUUAUUUCCCUAUGUAGUGUACAGGAACAAAAAUAAAUAAAGUCAUUUUUGUAACAUAA